GUACGACUUUAUGACGUACGCUAUAGGUAAACAACUUCCGGUAGAUAGUUUUGGUGAUGAGCCAACGUAUGAUGCUGACGGAGAUCGACCUAGACUACAUCCACCACCAGUGACCCAUACUAUUCAACACAAUGUCAGGGAAAUGUUAUUCUUGUGCUACUGAAUUUGGGAUAUUUAAGAAAGAGCAUGGGUGUAAGAACUGUGGAUUUGGCUUCUGUAGUAAGUGUGUGAGUAGUAAAAUUGCAGUGCCAAAACGCAAUAGUGAAGUGCACCAUGUGUGUCAGAAGUGUUAUGACAUUCUAUCUGGCAAAAGACAGGAAGAUACAGAUACAUCUAAAUACUCUCCCCCAGCUGCCUUAAAAAAAAGGAUGGCUGCACUAGAUAAUCCUGAGACUGGCACCACACAUUCUAGACAACAGUCAGCAGCUAAACCUGUGGCCUCAAGUAAAUCUCACAAAGGCAUGUCGAAAGAAGACAUUGAAAUUGCCAGGAGGUUGGAAAAACUAAGAGAAAAACCAAAAGACGUGCCUCCUGUACCUGAUGAGCAAGCAGUUGCAGCAAGGUUAGCCAAACUUAGAGGACAGGAUCCAAGUAAUAUGACAAAGGCUCCAAAUACAAAGUUCUAUCAAGCACCAGAUACAAGAACUGCAGCAAAACAAACAGAGGACUUGUUAGAUGAGAUUUGUGCUGAGAUUGAUCUUGACUCAAAAUAUCCUACUCCUGAACAAGAUAUACAUAACAGACUCUUACAACUCCACCAACAACCAGGAAAGCAAAAUGAAGAGUCAGUUGCCAAAAAUUCAAGAAGCUCAAGUAUGGGCCAGAAUGAUUUAAAUAAACAAGACUCCAUGCCAGAAAAACUAUACAGAAAAAACAUUAAUUUACCAAUGGAAGAAGAAAACCAAACAAAUUCUACUGAAAAAAAUGACAUCGAUAUCCAAGAAAUGCAAAGACUAAUAGCCGAGGCAGCUCAUGAGUUAGAGCUAGAUGCCCAAAAAGCCAUAAAAGAUUUAGAGAGGGAUAAGGACAUUCAAGAGAGACUUGCUCAGCUGAAGCGUGAUAGAAAGAAAAAUGAAAACAAAGAAAAAGAGAACAAGGAAGUCCUUGAAGGUGCAACCUGUAUAGUUUCUGGUGAUGAUAAUGUUGAAAGCGAGGAGGAUGAAGAAGAGAGUAUCAAGAAAAUCCUCAAAAAGGCAUUAGAAGAGAACAGAUUGGAUGAUGAACUUGAAGAAUCUGGUUACAAAGAAUGCAUUAAAGAAAGAACAAAAAGAAAAACAAAAACUGAAAAAGGUGAACAAAAGUAUGGUUAUAAUGAUGAUGAUGAGGAGGAGGAGGAGGAGGAUUCAGAUGACUUACCAUGGUGCUGUAUUUGCAAUGCUGAUGCCAGUUUAAGGUGCUAUGGUUGUGAUGGAGAUCUCUACUGUGAUAGGUGCUUUAAAGAAGGCCAUGACACUUUUGCAAUGACAGACCACAAGCCAACUAAGUUUAAACCCAAGAAAAAGACUGAACAGCAAGAAAUUGAAGAGUUAUAAAAUCUGAUGAACUCUAUCUAUCUC